AUGUUCUCUCCCAAACGCGACUCCGAUUCUUCUCCUCGCUACUCUCUCCCACUCUUUCACACCCUCCUCCUAUCAUUCAUCACCUUCCUUCCACGUAUGGGCCGAUUUGCUUUGAGCGAACUUGCUGAUUAUACCUGGGAAAUGUGUAUCAAGCAAGAUCUAGACACGUAA